CGACCUGGAAUUAAACUCACUUCUGGUCAAGAUCUUGGACGAUUGUACUAACCGACCCCCUACCUCUGGGCAGAAGCCUUGAACCCAUAUCAGCCGAACAAGGGUCUUUCCCCUUCUCCCUGAAGCUUUCAGGUAGUAAUCCACUUCCCUCCCAUCUUCCCCCAAGGAAGUUCUCUCUAUUUGAGAACUGAAGGCAGAUUACUCUGCGGCAGCGGCAGCGUUGUAUGUGUGCGUUGGGGAGUUGAGGGUGUUGACGAGCGCAGUGCUCACUAGCUCACUAGUCGGGACAGCCUGGAGACCGCGUCACGUCCUCCCUAGGUGAAUCAACUUGCACAGGUCGGGGUUUCCCCGGUCCCUCCCUAGGCAAACACGAAACUAAUCCGGCACCCUGCCCCACAGACCGAGAGCGCCGACUCGGUUCAGCUUUGGUAGUGUUUAUCGUUUGCGUGCCAGUGAGAAUCUGCCCUCUCCCUCGGAAACACCGUCACUAGUGGGCAAAGAGUGGGGCAGAGAGAGAUCGGUCCUUUCUUCCCACCCUCACUCGGCCUGCGCGGGGAACCCCUGCGGUCUAAGGAAGCUUUGCGAGGGCCGGAUGCGGCCACGUGUGUAGGAAGUAGCUGGGAAGGUGCUGGCUUUUGCGGGGCAUGCCAAGAAAUGGCAUAUCGCCCCAUUCCUUGCACACUGGGAGGGCGACUGCGGAUCCGGGCUGCAGGGACGGUGCAAAUUAGCGGAGACAAAUGAGAGGCUGAACCAACACCUAGCUCCACUAGCUCCGCCCCUCAAUUAUCUUGCAGUGCAGGGGGCGUGGUCCUAGAGAGGGCGGGCCCGCGCACGCGCUGUGUCUGAGUUUUGGGGUUCCGGAAAUGUGACUCUGAGAAAUGAGAUGGAGAAGUACGAGCGGAUCCGAGUGGUGGGCAGAGGUGCCUUCGGGAUUGUUCACCUGUGCCUUCGCAAGGCUGACCAGAAGCUGGUGAUCAUCAAGCAGAUCCCAGUGGAGCAGAUGACCAAGGAAGAGAGGCAGGCAGCCCAGAAUGAGUGCCAGGUCCUCAAGCUGCUCAACCACCCCAAUGUCAUUGAGUACUACGAGAACUUCCUGGAGGACAAGGCUCUCAUGAUCGCCAUGGAAUAUGCACCAGGUGGCACCCUGGCUGAGUUCAUCCAGAAGCGCUGUAAUUCCCUGCUGGAGGAGGAGACCAUCCUGCACUUCUUUGUGCAGAUCCUGCUGGCGCUGCAUCACGUGCACACCCACCUCAUCCUGCACCGGGACCUCAAGACCCAAAACAUCCUUCUAGACAAACACCGCAUGGUCGUCAAGAUUGGUGACUUCGGCAUCUCCAAGAUCCUUAGCAGCAAGAGCAAGGCCUACACGGUGGUGGGUACUCCAUGCUACAUUUCCCCUGAACUGUGUGAGGGCAAGCCCUACAACCAGAAGAGUGACAUCUGGGCCCUGGGCUGUGUCCUAUAUGAGCUGGCCAGCCUCAAGAGGGCCUUUGAGGCUGCGAACCUGCCAGCGCUGGUGCUGAAGAUCAUGAGCGGCACCUUUGCGCCCAUCUCUGACCGGUACAGCCCUGAGCUGCGCCAGCUGGUUCUGAGUCUUCUCAGCCUGGAGCCUGCACAGCGGCCACCGCUCAGCCACAUCAUGGCGCAGCCCCUCUGCAUCCGGGCGCUCCUCAACCUCCACACCGACCUGGGCAGCGUCCGCAUGCGGAGGGCAGAGAAGCCCCUGGCCACCGGGCCACCCAUGGCCCCCGGCAGCACAGGGGGCAGGACCACCAGUGGCCGUUGCAGAGGUGUUCCCCGGGGACCUGCCCGGCCGGCCAUUCCGCCGCCCCUGUCAUCGGUGUACGUGUGGGGUGGCGGGCUCAGUGUGCCGCUGCGGCUGCCAAUGCUCAACACAGAGGUGGUCCAGGUGGCAGCGGGGCGCACGCAGAAGGCUGGCGUCACGCGCUCUGGGCGCCUCAUACUUUGGGAGGCCCCGCCCCUAGGCGCUGGAGGGGGUCCCCUCCUCCCUGGGGCGGUGGAGCAGCAGCAGCCCCAGUUCAUCUCCCGUUUCCUGGAGGGCCAGUCGGGUGUGACUAUCAAGCAUGUGGCCUGUGGGGACCUCUUCACGGCCUGCCUGACUGACCGAGGCAUCAUCAUGACCUUUGGCAGUGGCAGCAAUGGGUGCCUAGGCCAUGGCAGCCUCAAUGACAUCAGCCAGCCCACCAUUGUGGAGGCCCUGCUGGGCUAUGAGAUGGUGCAGGUGGCCUGUGGGGCGUCUCAUGUGCUGGCCUUGUCCACUGAGCGAGAACUAUUUGCCUGGGGCCGCGGAGAUGGUGGCCGGCUGGGACUAGGCAACAGGGAGUCCCACAGCUGCCCCCAGCAGGUACCCAUGCCCCCAGGACAGGAAGCCCAGCGGGUUGUAUGUGGCAUUGACUCCUCCAUGAUCCUCACUGUGUCUGGCCAAGCCCUGGCCUGUGGGAGCAACAGGUUCAACAAGCUGGGCCUGGACCAUCUCUCCCUAGGGGAGGAGCCUGCCCCACACCAGCAAGUGGAGGAGGCCCUGAGCUUCACACCACUAGGUUCUGCACCCCUGGACCGCGAGCCCCUGCUGAGCGUGGACCUGGGCACUGCUCAUUCAGCUGCUGUAACUGCCUCUGGUGACUGCUAUACCUUCGGCAGCAAUCAGCAUGGGCAGCUGGGUACCAUCGCUCGCCGGGUCAGCCGGGUACCUUGUCAAGUCCAAGGCCUCCAGGGAAUCAAGAUAGCAAUGGUGGCCUGUGGGGAUGCCUUCACUGUGGCCAUUGGGGCAGAAAGUGAAGUGUACUCUUGGGGCAAAGGGGCCCGAGGUCGACUGGGAAGGAGGGAUGAGGAUGCUGGACUCCCUAGGCCAGUGCAGCUGGAUGAGAUGCACCCCUACACAGUGACUUCUGUGUCCUGUUGCCAUGGAAACACUCUCCUGGCUAUCCGCCCGGUCACAGAUGAGCCAGUCCCCCCUUGAGGCACCUGGAUACACCUCUGGACGACCCCGAUAUUGCUUCUCCUGUAAAUGUUCUUGAAAAGUGCCUCAGGCAUGACCAGCCCCCUGGAUUGUAUCAUCAAUGGGGUAUAAGAACCAGUAAAGCCCCUGCUCUGCCUUUGGCCCUGGAUAUGUAAAACUCAACCCACCCUACUCCCCCAACGUCCCUCUUUCCCCUCCUCACCCCUUCUUAUCUUUAGUCAACGUCCCCAGGGUUCAGCCUGGCUAGAGUUGGAGGCCAGACGUAACUUUUGGAAGCAGGGAGGUCUCCAGAGCCUCUGCAGAAAAAGGCUGGAGGUAGCUGUGGCUCCACCUAGAUGCUGCCCUUUCCCCCAGCCCAGUUUGAAAAUAAGUCGCAGGUGUCUACUGGGAGCGCAGCUCAGUGCUUUGGAGUAAGGCAAGCUGGGGCCUGCCUGUUCUGGCCAUUCCAGAGGCCUAGCCCCUGCAUUGCCUGGGGCAGGGAGGUCCGGGAGUGCUACCACCUGCCCCCACUCCUAUAUCCUGAGGCAGGGGUUUACACAAUCUGAGUGCCUCCCUUCCCCUGGGGGAGUGCAUGGGCUGCAGUAUACCGCAGAGGACAUCCCUGCUGAAGGUUGCCCUUCACCCCAUGCCAUUCCCCCAAAGCACGUUGGGAGAAAGGGUAGCUGGCUGGACCAGACUAGUUU